AGCCACAUGGAGAAUCGGGUCCACGCAGAGGAACGGCUGCUGAAGAAGCUCUUCUCGGGCUACAACAAGUGGUCCCGGCCUGUGGCCAACAUCUCCGACGUGGUCUUUGUCCACUUUGGCCUGUCCAUCGCACAGCUCAUUGAUGUGGACGAGAAGAAUCAGAUGAUGACAACGAAUGUGUGGGUGAAGCAGGAAUGGAAUGACUACAAACUGCGCUGGGACCCCAGUGACUACGAGAACGUGACUUCCAUCCGGAUCCCCUCCGAACUCAUCUGGCGGCCAGACAUCGUCCUCUACAACAACGCGGACGGGGACUUCGCCGUCACCCACCUGACCAAGGCGCACCUGUUCCACGACGGGCGGGUGCAGUGGAGCCCCCCCGCCAUCUACAAGAGCUCCUGCAGCAUCGACGUCACCUUCUUCCCCUUCGACCAGCAGAACUGCACCAUGAAGUUCGGGUCCUGGACCUACGACAAGGCCAAGAUCGACCUGGUGAGCAUGCACCGCCGCGUGGACCAGCUGGACUUCUGGGAGAGCGGCGAGUGGGUCAUCGUGGACGCCGUGGGCACCUACAACACCCGGAAGUAUGAGUGCUGUGCCGAGGUGUACCCCGACAUCACCUACGCCUUCGUCAUCCGGCGCCUGCCCCUCUUCUACACCGUCAACCUCAUCAUCCCCUGCCUGCUCAUCUCCUGCCUCACCGUGCUGGUCUUCUACCUGCCUUCCGAGUGCGGCGAGAAGGUCACGCUGUGCAUCUCCGUGCUGCUGUCGCUCACCGUGUUCCUGCUGCUCAUCACCGAGAUCAUCCCGUCCACCUCGCUGGUCAUCCCGCUCAUCGGCGAGUACCUGCUGUUCACCAUGAUCUUCGUCACCCUGUCCAUCAUCAUCACCGUCUUCGUGCUCAAUGUCCACCACCGCUCCCCACGCACGCACACCAUGCCCGCCUGGGUGCGCCGCGUCUUCCUGGACGUCGUGCCGCGGCUGCUCCUCAUGAAGCGGCCGUCCGUGGUCAAGGACAGCUGCCGGCGGCUCAUCGAGUCCAUGCACGGGGUGGCCAGCGCCCCGCGCUCCUGGCCCGAGCCCGAGCGGAAGCCCGACUUCGUGAGCAAAGCCCAGAGCAGGGGUCCCUCCCCCACCCCGUCCUUCCGUGGGCCCCUGGAUGAGCUGGUCAAGCCCCAGCCGGUCUGCACCUCGCCCUCAGACCAGGUUCCCGCUCUGCAGCCCACGGAGGCCAAGAAAGCCAGCCCCUGCCCCUUGCCCAGCCCCUGCCACCCGCCCACCAGCACCUGGACCCGGGGGCUCUCCAAAGCCCGGUCCCUGAGCGUCCAGCACUUGUCCAGCCCCGACAAAGGAGCAGAGGCUGGCGUCCGGUGCCGGUCCCGGAGCACCCAGUACUGCGUUCCCCAAGAAGAGGCCACCUCCCAGGCCAAUGGCCCCUCAGCCGGCUCCCCGCCCUCCUGGAAGGCCUCCUGGGCCACGCCCCCACCCCGAGACCCGGCCUCCCCCUGCAAAUGCAAGCGCGAGGAUUCGUCCACGGGGCCCUCAGACACCACCUCCAAAGCCCGCGGCACCAAAGCACCGCCUCGUCCCCAGCCCCUGUCGCCCACCCUGACGAGGGCUGUGGAGAGCGUCCAGUACAUUGCAGACCACCUGAAGGCGGAGGACACAGACUUCUCGGUGAAGGAGGACUGGAAGUACGUGGCCAUGGUCAUCGACCGCGUCUUCCUCUGGGUGUUCGUCAUCGUGUGCCUGCUGGGGACCGCCGGCCUGUUCCUGCCGCCCUGGCUGGCCGGCAUGUUCUAGGGGUCCCUGCGGGGCCCAGCCACCUCCGGUCUGCUCCUGCUCCCCAAGGGACCGCA